AUGGCGAAGAUCCUGCUGCAUGGGACGCUGCACGUCACCGUGUUCGAGGCCCAGGAGCUCUCAAACACCAGCAGGCCCAGCAGCCAAGCGCCGCAGUUCCUCCGAAAGCGCGAAAAAUGUGAACACCAGCUGGUGGAGGGGAUCGAGGACACGGUGGGCGUAGGCAAAGGCGCGAGCAAGCUCUAUGCCACGGUGGGCCUUGGCAAGGCCCGGAUCGGCCGCACCCGCACCCUGACCGACGAAUCGUCGAGCCCGCGCUGGUUCGAAUCCUUCCACAUCUACUGCGCGCACCUCGCCUCCGACGUGCUCGUCACAAUCAAGGCCAAGAACCCGAUCGGCGCCUCCGUCGUGGGCAUCGGCUACCUCCCCGUCCGCGACAUCUUCGGCGGCGACGAGGUCGAGCGGUGGCUCCCGCUCUGCGACGACAGCCGCAACCCCGUCGAGGGCGGCGGCAAGGUCCACGUCAAGCUCCAGUACUUCGACAUCUCCAAGGACCACAGCUGGGGCCGCGGCAUCCGCUCCGGGAAGCACCCGGGGGUGCCCUACACCUUCUUCUCGCAGCGGCAGGGUUGCAAGGUCACCCUCUACCAGGACGCGCACGUCCCCGAUGGCUUCAUCCCCAGGAUCCCGCUCGACGACGGCCGGUACUACGAGCCGCACCGCUGCUGGGAGGACAUCUUCGCCGCCAUUAGCAACGCCAAGCAUCUCAUCUACAUCACGGGAUGGUCGGUGUACACGGAGAUCACGCUCCUCAGGGACGCGAACCGGCCCAAGCCGCCGGGUGGCGGCGUCACGCUCGGCGAGCUGCUCAAGAAGAAAGCCAGCGAAGGCGUCAGAGUGCUGAUGCUGGUCUGGGACGACCGGACCUCGGUCGGGGCGCUCAAGAAGGACGGCUUGAUGGGGACGCACGACGAGGACACGUUCAACUUCUUCCAGGGCACCGACGUGCACUGCGUGCUCUGCCCCCGCGACCCCGACGACUCCGGCAGCAUCGUGCAGGACCUGCAGAUCUCCACCAUGUUCACGCACCACCAGAAGAUCGUCGUUGUCGACCACGACAUGCCCCAGCCCCAGCACGCGUCGAGGCGGCGGCGGAUCAUGAGCUUCGUGGGCGGUCUGGACCUCUGCGACGGCCGCUACGACACGCCGUUCCACCCCCUGUUCGGCACGCUAGACGGCGCCCACCACGACGACUUCCACCAGCCCAACUUCGCGACGGCGGUCAUCGGCAAGGGCGGGCCGAGAGAGCCGUGGCACGACAUCCACUGCCGCCUUGAGGGCCCCGUGGCGUGGGACGUGCUCUACAACUUCGAGCAGCGGUGGCGCAAGCAGGGCGGCAAGGACCUGCUCGUCCAGCUCCGGGACCUCGCCGACGACAUCAUCCCGCCGUCGCCCGUCGUGUACGCGGAGGACAGGGAUACGUGGAACGUGCAGCUGUUCCGGUCCAUCGACGGCGGCGCAGCCUUCGGGUUCCCGGAUACCCCCGAGGACGCGGCCAGGGCAGGGCUCGUCAGCGGAAAGGACCAGAUCAUCGACCGGAGCAUCCAGGACGCGUACAUCUGCGCCAUCCGCAGGGCCAAGAACUUCAUCUACAUCGAGAACCAGUACUUCCUGGGGAGCUCCUACUGCUGGAAGCCCGACGGCAUCAACCCCGACGACGUCGGCGCGCUGCACCUCCUCCCGAAGGAGCUCUCGAUGAAAGUGGUCAGCAAGAUCGAGGCCGGCGAGCGGUUCACCAUCUACGUCGUGGUGCCCAUGUGGCCGGAGGGCAUCCCGGCGAGCGGCUCCGUGCAGGCGAUCCUCGACUGGCAGAGGAGGACCAUGGAGAUGAUGUACACCGACAUCGCGCAGGCGAUCCAGGCCAAGGGGAUCGACGCGAAUCCCAAGGAUUACCUCACCUUCUUCUGCCUCGGCAACCGGGAGGCCAAGAAGGCCGGCGAGUACGAGCCGCCGGAGCCGGCCGACCCUGACACCGAUUACCUCAAGGCGCAGCAAAACCGCCGGUUCAUGAUCUACGUCCACACCAAGAUGAUGAUCGUGGACGACGAGUACAUCAUCGUGGGGUCGGCGAACAUCAACCAGAGGUCCAUGGACGGGGCGCGGGACUCGGAGAUCGCCAUGGGCGCGUACCAGCCGUACCACCUGGCGGCGAGCCGGCCGGCGAGGGGCCAGGUUCAUGGGUUCAGGAUGGCACUGUGGUACGAGCACAUGGGCAUGGUCGACGACACGUUCCAGAGGCCGGAGAGCGUCGAGUGCGUGCGCAAGGUGAACGCCAUGGCCGACAGGUACUGGGACCUCUACGCCGGCGGCGAGCCCGAGCGCGACCUCCCCGGCCACCUCCUCACGUACCCCGUCGGCGUCACCAGCGACGGCGCCGUGACGCAGCUGCCCGGGGUGGAGUUCUUCCCGGACACCGAGGCUCGGAUCCUUGGCGCCAAGUCCGACUACCUCCCGCCCAUCCUUACCACAUAGAAGCACUAACUCUGCAGUUGUCGUUGGAUCACGUUGAACUGAUUUCUUUCUUUCUUUUAGUAUCUGUUUGGUUUUUCUCUGGACAUUUGGUGUUUCAUCUGAAUAUUCUGAAUAAGAACAGCACUAGAUUAUUUUUGGAUA